AUGGUUCGAGGACGCGCAUUACAUUUUGUCUUCAAAGUAGCCGACAGGACACUUACAGCAAGAUUUUACAGAGAAGUUUUGGGAAUGAAGGUUCUUCGACAUGAGGAAUUCAGUGAAGGUUGUGAAGCAGCAUGUAAUGGGCCUUAUGCUAAUAGAUGGAGCAAAACUAUGGUUGGAUAUGGGCCGGAAGAUACUCAUUUUGUUGUUGAGCUAACAUACAACUAUGGGAUCACACAUUAUGAGCGGGGGAAUGAUUUCCGUGGCAUAACAAUACAGUCUAGUGAAGCUUUAAAGAGGGCUGCAGCUACAAAUUGGCCUGUGGAAGAGUCUGAUGGCCAGAAGUUUGUUGAAGCACCCGGUGGCUAUAAAUUCUUCAUUAUUGACAAACCACAACCCAUAGACAAGGACCCAGUGAUUAAAGUGUCUUUAUCAAGUUCAAACCUUACAAGAUCUGUUGAAUACUGGAAUGGUCUUCUGAAUCUGAAAAUAUUUGAGAAGAAAGAAAAAUCUGUUGUUUUAGGUUAUGCUGAAGAUCAGGCGAAACUCGAAUUAGUUGAUAUUGGUGAACCUGUGAAUCACGCUAAGGCUUAUGGCCGCAUCGCGUUCUCGUGUCCAUUUGAGGAGCAGCCCGUUAUAGACCAAAAGGUCCGCGAGGCAAAUGGAAAGAUUUUGACUCCAUUGAUUUCUUUGGACACGCCCGGCAAGGCCACAGUGCGGGUGAUAAUUCUUGCCGAUCCCGACGACCAUGAGAUAUGCUUUGUCGAUGACGAAAGUUUCCGGCAACUGUCACAAGUGGAUCCCAACAGUGACGCCGACCUCGAUAAAUUCAUCAAAGCUGACAAAUCAAGAGCAUAA